UGACACGAAUGUGCUUCUUCGCCCGAUAAGAUGGAACAGUUUUCGCACGAUCUAACGUUGGCGCUGGAGGAAACUUCCCGCACCAACUCGAACAAGGUCCGAUGGGGUGUACGGCGCCGUACACGAUCGACGGGAAAUUUGCCUUGUGCUCCGCAACCGACGGAAGAUAGUUCCAGCAGUCCGACGGAUCCACCAGCAUGCAAUGUGGUAAUGAACCAGGCCGAUUCGCCCUACCUUAGUGGCAGCAAUAACAUCGUCCAGAGCGAUUCGGAUGAUAGACAUUCCGUGGCGUUCACGUUCAAGUUGCGCCAAACGCCACUUUCGGGAAACUUUGAGUCCGACUCGCUGAAUGAAAAUUUCAGUCCUGCUAGACCCAACAUGCGCCGGAAGCGAAAGUACAAACGUAUGGCGGUUGAGUACGAAACGACACCGUCUACACCGCAUAUCGGUGGUAAUCCACUGUUUCCCGUUGCCGGUACGGUUAAAAAGCGCGUCUUCAAACACUCGGCCUGUCCGGAUAGUUUCAGAAGCACAAUGUUGUUCUGCGGCAAGCGAAAGCGCAGUCAGCGUGACCGUGGAGCGUUGGAUUAUGAGUUCUGCAAGCAGCAUUCCAGCAGCGUACCGAGACAGAGGGAAUUUUUCGGCCCAAAAGGAUCGUCCUACAGCGAGUACAAGAGUCGCAACCGUGCCGCUUCCUUUUCUGCCAGUAUGAUGAAGUGUGAAAGAAUCCUGCCGCUGAACAAGACGGUCGUGUCGAAGAUUGAAAGGAUAUCGGCGGACAGAGGUCGGGAACGGUCUACUGCAUUGCUGGUACCUUCCCAAUCUACCUCACUGGCAACCCCAUCCGCACCGGUUCCUGUUCCGGCUGGUGGAGAGUUUAAUUUCUCAAUCCCGUUGGCGGGCAAUCUUCAGCAGCCAGCUGUUCCGAUGCCUCUGGAUGGUGGACCGAUCUUACCGCUAGUUGGAAGCCAAGGACACGGCGAUAUUAAAAGUGAUCAGCAUCAAAUGAUUGCUGCUGGCAACAAUAACACCACGGUCAGUGUUUCGUUGAGUCAGACGGCCAUUCCAGGAGGUAUCACACCGUUGGCUUUACCUGCGAAUAGUUUGAAUCCACUUCAGCAGCUCGCUGUCCCUGCCACAGCUUCGAUAAGGACCUCUGCCAUUGAUCCGCUUGGAACAGCGCAACCUGUCCCGCUAAACCCGGUAGAAACGAAACCGAUGUUGGUUCACCCGUUCGGUGGUAACGUGCUUGAAAAUCCCAUCAAUUUCGGACAAUCGUUUUCGGAAGUCGCUUCCCUGCCACCGAGCGCACACGUCACACCUGUCCCGGAACCAAUGAAGAUGGCAAUAAUUGCAAAAGCAAAGGCAAACUACCCGAAGGAAAAGCACCGUCAUCGCAAAUCGAAGUACAUCCGCAAGAAGCAAAUGCUCAUGAUGGCGGCCUGUCCGGAAGGGCAAGGUCAGCUGAUGGAUUGCGGUGGACAGGUGAACGAUUUCCUAAGCUCCAGUUCGCUCAGUUCGAGCGAUUCGGAAGCGGUGCUGACGAACGAAACGGACCACGAAGGCGAUGAUGAGUUGACGGAUUGGCCCGGCAACGAGGCAAUGAUAACGUUUGCAUCGAAGCACGACUUUCGCAAAGCAUAUCACGGUACGCGUGCACCGGCGACAGCGGCUGGGCUGUCCUCGACACUCGGCAGACCCGGACUGUCUCAAACAAACCCGCCGGUUGAACAUGAUCUGCCGGAUGACGAUACGCUCAUGUCGGCCGACGAAUUACUGACGGCGGCAAGUGUUCCUGGAGUGGCGGGAGAGAUUACGAUGCAACCGGUGGGUGGUUUGAACACUUUGAAUAGCAAUUUGCCCAUUCCCAUCGGGACGGAACUGUCCGCAAUGAGCUCACCGUUUCUAGUCAAUAACAUUGCGCCUGGGUUGCCACUGGCUAACGAGAUACGCGAGAUACGUGCCGGUUGUAGGAGAAUUCGCGAGGAACGGCCCGGAUUUUCGAUCAUAUCGAGUGUGAACGAACUGUUAUCAAGGUUUCUUCAAGACGAUCAACAGCGCGAACUUACGCUGCAUGAUGUAGACAAAGCCGAACACGAUAAACUGCAGGACCUGUGCAAGCUUUAUUCACUGAACGCACAACAGCUAAGUGAAAAUGGAAGUGUAGUGAUGCUAAGCAAAACCAGCAACACAAUGCAAUCGGUACGUAUCGAUCAAUCCAAUCUGCCGAAACGACUGGGUGAUUUUAAAAGGCGAUGCUACGGUAAUGCAGAUGCACUGCAAUUUCACGACGGUGCUACCAGCUAA